AUGCAGGAAUCAUAUGUCUAUGGUCUGGAAACUGACUGUUCUGCUGAAAAGAAAUUUCAUUCACCAGAAGGUACUCCUACAAGCACAUUUUACAAGGACCACUAUAAAGCUGCAAUUGAACAGUUGACAACUUUUAACACGUCGAAAAAUUCUAGGACAACACAGCUGAAUUCCAAUAGCAACAAACAAGGGCAAUUCCAUUCCUGGAGCCAUCUACCUUAUCAAGGCAAUACUUCUGUCAGCAGAGACUUCAGUAAACUUGAUGCAGAAUUGCCAUCUGGCUCCAGUGACGGUCUUAUAAAUGUGGCCACUACUAAUCCAGUGGUACAUUCUUUCACGAAGAAAUAUCACCCUGUUUCCUACCCAGAAACUAAGAAGACUGCAUUAGAAAUAAACUGCAGAAAAGAUGACGGAGACUCUCUCAAAAAGACCAAUGAAGUUACCACUUCAGAUUCUUACCUUGCUACGGAUAGUAGCAGUGAUGACAUACAUUCAGCAAGUAAAUGGAAAUGGAAAAAAAGAAAUGUUAAUGCAGAAAACAAGUAUUUAGUAGAAGAAAAGGAAGUGACUGAGAGUGAGAAAAGAAAUAUAGCUUUGCUGAAAUAUUUCAAAAAUCUAAAUCUUAACAUACAGACAGGCCCUUUCUUGGACCAGGAAGAUGCUCUCUCUUUGCUUGAAAAUGAUAAGUUUCCAUACCCUGAUUUUCUUCCUUCACCCUAUAAUAAUUUGGAUUUAAAAAAAUUGUCCUUAUCCAAAUCUGACAGUUGGAAAUCAUCUAUAAAUCCACCACUUAAUGACUCACUUGAUAAAAUUGUCUCGCGUCUUGUAGAAAUGGAAAGGUUACAGCACUUAACUAUCUUAAGAGAAAAGAAGAGAGAGGCUGUUUCUGCAGUUUCGGCUGCUAGCAAUCGUUCGAUUUCUACAAAAGAGUUACACCAAUCAAAACUGCCAAGGCCACUUGACUGCUUGUGUUGCCUGUUUAGGCCAGAAAGAGACGUUAUAAAAUGCACUUGUCAACAGUGUCAUGGUCACAAAAAUUCUGCAACCUCUAUACGUUCAUCCUCAAAGUCCUCGUAAGCAUCAUGUAAUAACUUUUUAAGUGCAUCAGGAUUCUGA